ACGGGUCGAUUAUGUGAAUUAUUGUUUGUUUCCCCUCGGUCCAUAUUUACUGACGAGCUCAGGAAGUUUUGAAAGUGCAGCAAUUCUGUAUCGCUAUGGCUUUGCCAGGACCCAAUAAGGACAACAUCAGAGCAGGAUGCAAGAAGUGUGGUUAUCCUGGACAUUUGACCUUCGAGUGUCGGAACUUUGUCAGGGUUGAUCCCAGGAAGGACAUCGUCCUCGACGUGAGUAGCACAAGUACUGAGGAGAGUGAAGAUGAAGAGCAGAAUGAUGGGACACCAGGUGACCCAAACACCAAGGGCUCCCAAAGCGAGGUGAGGAAAGUCCAACAGAAAAGGAAAUCGAGGGACAAAUCCCACAAGAAGUUAAAAAAAAGAUCACGGUCCUCGAGCGAUGAAGACGAGGAGGAUAACAAGAAGAGGAAGAAGCAAAGGUCCCACAAGAAGAAGGGCAAACGGGAGAAGAAGGAGAAACGGCACAAGAAGAAGGAGAAGAGACAGAGCGGACGCUCGUCGCCGUCGGAAAGUUCCGGGGACAGCGACUGAAGGUGUGCGUGAAGUGCCCCUUCGGCAGCCAAGCUCUGUCAUUUUAAACUGCAUACUGUUAAAUCACCGGAGAGUCAUGUUUUCUUGUUUUAUCAUGUUUGAUUGAGCCACAGUGGUGCAAUUGUUUGAUAUACACAGCAUUCCCUUUUCCUGAUAUCACAGGCCUGCUAUGCGGACGCUGUGAAUUAUUGAUAACAGUGGAGUACGUUUAAAACUGUCGUGCUGUACGUUUAAAAUAUGAAACACUGUUUUCUGCAAAAUGUGCUGACCUUCUGAAGAUAUUUUUCCAUCUUAAUUAUUUGCUUAGUAGAUUUUAUGUGUUGCGCUUACUGUUAGGUUUACUUUUCUAGUUUGUGUGUCAUGUAAUGAAUUCAUUCCUUAGGGUUCGAUCCUCCGACAUAAUUUUUUUCUUCUCAGGACUGGUUAAUUUCCAAGGCGUGUGCACAGCUGCAUUUUUACACUCGACAUCUAUUUGAAAUUCGGUGCAACAUUUUCCUUGCUGUUGAUGGUUUCAGUCUAAAUAAAGAUACUUCGAAUCCCA